CUCACUACAUACACUAUCUCUACACACACACACACACACACACACACGCUUAUACAGGGAUCAGGAGAAAAAUGUCACCUUCAUAUGUUGUAAGGAAUCCCAAAGAGUUCAAAACCCAGGAUUUGUAGUUAGUACCAAUCCACAGAAAGAUAUAAUAUUUAAUAUCACAAAAUAAUGGACUUUGAGACAAACCAUGCCUCACAACCUCGAAUAUGACUAGAAUCCCGGCAGGCUCUCUUAACUUUGUCUAAACUGACAUAAAAGUAAAAAAUGAAACAUAAGUGGUACCGUUUUUGUUUUGUUUUGUUUUUCAGCUCAAUUGUUAAAAAGCCAGUUAGCUACCUGUGAAUGUUCGCCGCAUACACUAUACUUUGAAGACACGUCACAAUCAGAAGUGCCAAACUCUUAAGCGCUUGCACCUACCCGACCAUCUAUCUGGAAAACCGCUAAUAAAACAGAAACCUGCAAGGCAUUAUUGCCGCCUCAGAGGAGACGUGUUUGUAAUUAAGUAAACCUGGGCCUGAGUUGGCAGAGUCCUGUCUCGCGGAGUCCUCCGUCCUCGCCGAGUGGGAGGGUCACACGGGGAGAGACUAAUAAGGGCAGUGAUGCGUCCCCCUUCCCCACUCGCAGGGCUCUCACUGCUCGCGGUGCGGCAGCCGCGCGCGGACUCCGCUGCGCCUCCGAGGGGGCCAGGCACGCGGUCAAGAUCUGUGGCCACUGGUUCCCAUGGUUUCGAGGCACCAUGAGGCUCGCUGGCUCCUGGAAACUUUGGCUUUGGGCAGCACUUCUCCUGCUUCCUGCUUCCACUUCCGUGACGGUUAGGGACAAGCCAGAAAAGCAGUGUCCUGUACUGAGAACAGAGGAGCAUCAGUUUACACAAGACAAUGGAGAUAAACUUGAAGUUUCAGGUUUUGACCUAGGAGAGAGCUUUUCUAUGAGACGUGUGUUUUGUGAAGGUGAUAAAACCUGUUUCAAAUUGGGAAGUUCACUUCUUAUUAGAGACACCAUUAAGGUAUUUCCCAAAGGCCUUCCUGAGCAUUUCGCGAUGGUGGCCAUGUUUCGGGUACGAAGAAGCACCAAAAAGGAACGGUGGUUUCUGUGGCAGGUUUUAAACCAGCAGAAUAUGCCACAGGUGUCUAUAGUAAUUGAUGGUGGAAAGAAGGUGGUGGAGUUUAUGUUCCGAGCUGCCGAGGGAGAUGUGUUGAACUUCAUUUUUAAAAAUCGAGAACUCCGUUCUUUGUUUGAUCGUCAGUGGCAUAAACUUGGCAUUGGCAUACAAUCCCAGGGCAUUUCACUCUAUAUGGACUGUAACUUAGUUGCAAGCCAGAAUACUGAUGGAAAAGGUGCUUUGGACUUUCGUGGAAGGACAAUUAUUAUGGCUCGAGCUUCAGAUGGCAAGCCUGUGGAUGUUGAACUUCACCAACUUAAAAUCUACUGUGACUUGAACUUCAUAGCUCAAGAAACUUGUUGUGAGAUGUCAGACACUAAGUGCCCAGAGCAGGUUGGCUUUGGAAGUACUGCAUCUUUAUCAGUACCUGCGUAUGCCAGUCGAAUGUCUGCAUUUCUGCCAGCAAAGCAGGAACUAACAGACCAGUGCCAGUGUAUUCCAGAGAAGGGAGAAGCAGGAUUACAGGGAGCUCCAGGCUCACCGGGCCAGAAAGGAGACAAAGGACAGCAGGGUGAAGUUGGUCUUAAAGGUGAAUCAGGCGCUCCUGGAAUUCCUGGUGAAAAGGGUGAAAAUGGUUUACAUGGAGUUCCAGGAUUACCCGGUCAAAAGGGAGAGCAAGGUUUUGAAGGCCUUAAAGGAGAAAUUGGUGAAAAGGGUGAACAAGGAGAAAAAGGAGAUCCAGGUUUGGCUGGCGUUAAUGGCCAAGAUGGUUCGAAAGGCGAUGUGGGUCCUCGUGGUCCACCUGGCCCAAAAGGAGAAAAGGGAGAUAUGGGACCUCCAGGACCACCAGCCUUAACUGGUUCCCUGGGGAUACAAGGCCCCCAAGGUCCACCUGGAAAAGAAGGUCAGAGGGGAAGACGAGGAAAAACAGGUCCUCCAGGAAAACCAGGACCUCCGGGACCACCCGGACCUCCUGGAAUACAAAGAGUACAACAGACCCUCAGUGAAUAUUAUCACAAGGGGAAUCUUGAUGAACAUGGAGCUGGUGGCCCAAAAGGAGAGAAGGGUGAAGCUGGACCACCAGGAUUUCCAGGCUCUAUUGGCCCCAAAGGUGAAAAAGGAGAAUCUGGGGAGCCCUUUACAAAAGGUGAAAAGGGAGAUAGAGGAGAACCUGGAAUAACAGGAUCACAGGGAAUAAAGGGUGAGCCUGGAGACCCUGGUCCCCCCGGUGUAAUAGGAAGCCCAGGAUUAAUGGGUCAACAAGGACCUACAGGCCCUAUGGGCCCCAGAGGACCACCAGGAGAUGUUGGAUUGCCAGGAGAACAUGGUAUCCCAGGAAAACCAGGCAUUAAAGGAGAAAAGGGAGACCCAGGUGGGAUUAUAGGCCCUCCUGGACUUCCAGGUCCAAAAGGUGAGGCUGGUCCUCCAGGAAAAAGCCUGCCAGGGGAACCAGGAUUAGAUGGAAAUCCUGGAGUACCUGGUCCACGAGGACCAAAGGGGGAAAGAGGACUGCCUGGUGUCCAGGGCUCCCCAGGUGACAUAGGCCCACCAGGGGUAGGAAUUCCUGGCCAAACAGGCUCCCAAGGACCAGCUGGAGAGCCAGGUAUUCAGGGUCCUCGAGGUCUCCCUGGGUUGCCAGGAACUCCAGGGACUCCAGGGAAUGAUGGAGCUCCAGGAAGGGAUGGAAAGCCAGGUCUGCCAGGCCCCCCAGGUGACCCGAUUGCUCUUCCUCUCUUGGGAGACAUCGGGGCCUUGUUCAAGAACUUCUGUGGCAACUGCCAAGCCAGUGUGCCUGGGCUGAAAAGCAACAAAGGAGAAGAAGCAGGUGCUGGUGAGCCUGGGAAGUUUGAUUCCAUUGUCCAUAAGGGUGAUGCAGGGCCACGGGGUCCUCCAGGAAUUCCAGGCAGAGAGGGACUAAAGGGGAGCAAAGGAGAGCGAGGCUACCCUGGGAUACCUGGGGAGAAAGGCGACGAGGGUCUUCAAGGAAUUCCAGGCAUUCCAGGUGCUCCUGGCCCAACUGGACCCCCUGGCUUGUUGGGAAGAACGGGUCAUCCUGGUCCCACGGGAACAAAGGGUGACAAGGGCAGCGAAGGACCUCCUGGGAGACCCGGACCACCUGGACCACCUGGUAUACCAUUCAAUGAAGGGAAUGGAAUGAGCAGUUUAUAUAAAAUCCAGGGAGGUGUGAAUGCUCCCAGUUUUCCUGGGCCACCUGGCCCCCCUGGCCCCAAAGGUGAUCCUGGCCCAAUGGGAGAACCUGGUGCAAUGGGACUGCCAGGACUUGAAGGAUUUCCAGGUAUAAAGGGAGAUCGUGGCCCAGCAGGUCCCCCAGGAGUAGCCGGAAUGUUGGGGAAACCUGGUGUCCCAGGGCCUCCAGGAAUUCCAGGAGAACCAGGGGAGAGAGGACCUGUUGGAGAUGUAGGAUUCCCUGGACCAGAAGGACCUUCCGGAAAGCCUGGAAUAAAUGGCAAAGAUGGAUUACCAGGUGUGCAGGGCACCAUGGGUAAGCCUGGAGAGAGAGGCCCCAAGGGAGAGCGGGGUGAUCAGGGAAUUCCAGGGGACAGAGGCCCACAAGGUGAACGAGGAAAACCAGGCCUUCCUGGCAUCAAGGGGGCCAUAGGUCCUGUAGGGCCCCCAGGAAACAAGGGGUCACCAGGAUCCCCUGGGCACCAGGGCCCUCCUGACCCAGGCCUCCCUGGCACUCCGGCGGAUGUGGUUUCAUUUGAAGAAAUAAAGAAGUAUAUUAAUCAAGAAGUCCUGAGGAUUUUUGAAGAGAGGAUGGCUGUGUUCCUAUCCCAGCUCAAGCUACCAGCAGCAAUGCUGGCUGCUCAAGCUCAUGGGAGGCCUGGUCCACCAGGAAAGGAUGGGUUACCUGGGCCACCAGGAGACCCUGGACCCCAAGGCUACCGAGGACAGAAGGGAGAAAGAGGGGAGCCGGGAAUUGGGCUUCCAGGGAAUCCGGGUCUUCCUGGGACUUCAGCUCCAGGCUUGCCAGGCUCACCAGGGGCUCCAGGGCCCCAAGGCCCCCCAGGACCUAGUGGAAGAUGUAACCCAGAAGAUUGCCUCUAUCCUGUAUCCCACGGCCAUCCACGGACAGAUGGGGAAUAAGCACACCAGAGGAAGACAUGGUUCCGAGGCAUCUCUCCUUGCUGCUGGAGUUUCCUUCAUACUAUCAAACCCUCAUGAUAUGUGGGUGACUUUUCUUUUAUAUAGGCCAGACAUUAAAAGCAAAUAUUGGAAUCCUAUUCCAAUAGGAUAUGUGAUAUCAGCCUUUUUAAAAUUUUUCCAAAUUCAUUCCAUUUGUUUUGCUUCACCAUUGUUAUGAUUUUUAUUCAGGGUUUUCUAUGAAAUAUGUAAGCAAAUCUUAUCAUAAGUUCUUCUUCAAGAGGAAAUGACAUCUAUGGUUGGUAGCCUGAUGGUGAUGUACUUUUUAUAGUCUCAUCAAAUUGCAUUCGGCCUUUGGUUUUUCAGUUUUAAAGUUUCAGACAAAGUUUUCUUGGUGUUUAAAUUUACUAUCAUUGCUAAAAACUUCAUCAACUUUUUUGAUGUAGUGUGUGGCUCCUGCUGAAUGUUUUUUGACUACUUUUUAUAGUUUAAGAAUUCUUAUGCUAUCCUAUAUCCAUUCUAAUUAUGCAGAGAAAUAGGCAAUAAGAGCUUCACUUCAUAACAUAUUUUUUUGGGGGGAAAAAAAAACCAGGAGGCUGUUUUAUCAGGGAGCCCAAUAUCUACCAUAGCCAACUACUGAAAUGAUAUUAAUUCUGUGCAAUGAGCUCAAUUGAAAGCAACCCCACUGGCAUGAGUAUAUACUGCUCAUGCAUAAAAGAGGAGGAAAAACAGCAAAGCCUAGCACUGAGGUCCCUUCACUGAGUUUCUCUUGUGGGAAACAGCUAUUUUCCCUAAGAGGUGUUUGGUGGUGAAGGCACCAAGCUCUCUUUGUACUUUUGAAGCUUAAAGGGCCUUGCAAGGUCUUUGGACCCCCCGUAUCCGUUAUCCCUCUGACCUCAUCACGCUCAGACUUGAAGAACCAGCCAUCAGAGCAAAGGAUGGGAUUUGUGGCAACUGGGAAAGAAACCCCCUUUUCCUAGAAGACAAAUGUGUGAUGUCAGCCAAUGCCUAUGGACAAGCUGAAGCCUGGAACUGCUUACUGGAGAACGAUGUUUCUCAGAAGUUGCAGCAAGAGGUGCAAGGGCAGUAAAAGAGACCGAAUAUGCAACCAGCACAGAGACCAACGAGUCCGUGCCCUUUAGCGGAGACAGGCGCUACCACACCAAGUCCUCUGACUGGAAAUGAAAAUACAUGAUCACCAACCACAUGGCUAGACGGUAGUUUUAUUGCCUGGCUCUUGUGACUUUGAGAAGCUGUUAGUGGAAAAUAAACGAUUUUCUAGAACACUGGGCAUGAGGAUGUUGCUGAAAUCUAAGUGAUGAGUCCCAGGGAUCCUAAAGGCGCCACGCGCAGGGCCCUCCUACCUCGAACCUCUGAGGCCACGACUCUGCCGGGAGCAGCGUAGAUUCCAAUUUGGCUCGAGCCGUCUAGGCUGAUUGCUUUUAUCUCUUAAUUGAAAAAUGAGUUGGAAAGGCAAGCCCACUGAAGUUGGAAAAAAAAAAAAAUGUGAACAGGGUCGUGCAGGGAGCGUGCCUCCAUGAUGGCAGGCUUUGUUCAAACGCUCCCAAGGCUUGAACUGGUUUUCAUUGUAGAUGGAGGAACUGCUGGUCAGGUAGGGUCUACGUGACCAUGCAUACCUGCAACCUUUUGAUUAUUUCAUGUUGAAUUACGCUGUAUAUUUCACUUCUGAGUUUAUUUAUUUUUCUCUUCCAAGGUCAUUUUAUUUAUUUCAAGUGUUUUUAACUUUAAAUUGAUUUUCUUCAUUUUCUUUCCUGUGCAAUACUGACAAUGGUGCUGUGUUUUAGACUUAACACAAUCGUAAUAUACAUAGGCAUUUUCUUAGUAAAAUGAUUAUUUAUCCCCCCAAAAUGUACAGAGAUAUAAAAUCUGGUGCUAUGUGUAUAUUUUGAGCUUUUAAUUUGUGGAACUUUAAUUUGAAUUUUCUGAAAGCUGACAACACACCUACCACUCAUUAAUUUACUUGAAUUUGUCAUAAAACUAAACAUUUUUUAUGUUUUCUAAGAUUAUUUUUCAUAUUAAUUGGUGUCUUUAUCCUUUUGCCUCUUUGCUAAUCCAGAAGUACUUAUUUUAGUAUUUUACCGUUUUUUUCAUGAACUUUUUUUGCUAAUAGUGCUCGAUGUAUUUUUGUUUUCUUUGAGUCAAUCCCUUCACAUACAUAAGAAGACUUAAUUCAUUUUCUUGUUUUAUAAAUUCUGCUCAUUUUAAUUCCAGAGAAUAUGUCAUGUAUCCUUCCUUACCAACUCUAUCUUUAGGAACUUUCUUUUUCUAAAUUCCAUUAAUGCUGGCCUGGCUUAUUCCUGUUGCAAGAAUCUGAAUUUAUUCAGGUGAUUUGAAGAAUAGGGGAAUAGACUGUUAUAUGGUACGUAUGACAAAGCUGACCUGUCACAAUGAUUCAAGCUAUUUUUUAAAACUGACAUGUAUGACUCAGUCCACUUUGGGCAUAAUCAGCAAAACGGGGCUGUGUCACGGGGAGCGAACCUCUGCUCAGCCUCCUGUGUACCCACGGUCCUCAGCUCUGUACACAUGAGCUGCAGCAAGGGCAGCAAGAAAGCCUGUGUCCAGCUAAUACAACACCAAGGGGAGAUUCGGCAGUUGCCUGAUUCUUUUAAAAAGAAAGUGGAUAAUAUAAGGCCCCAAAGUAGAGUGUGACAUUUUCCCCUAACUAGGUGGUUGCCAGUUCUCUUGCAUCAUUGUGUUCCAUUCCAAAACAUUUGUUUACUUUCACACAGAUUUCAAUAAUGUCCACAGCAGGGAAGAGGAAUGAUCAUAUUUCCUGAAUUAGCUCUUGUUUGGACUCCAGACAAUAUAAAUGUUUAAAUCCAAAACAAUUAGAGGCCACGAUGGCAAUUAAUAAUUAAAACUGUGUUUGCCCUAUAUAAAUAUGUCUGAAUUCCAGUCUAACAUUUUCUGCCAAGAUCAGUUAACACUGUCAGAUAGAAAUCCUUCUACACAAAGAAUAAUAUAUGGCUUUAGUUAAUAUUUAUUGCCUUUGGAAUCUAAAGAAAAAAAAAAAAAGAAUUCAUGAGUUUGUUCAUCAUUCUUUCCUGCUAAAGACAUUGACCAUUUUCCUAACUAUAACAGAAACACAGCCAGUCUUAACUUUUGAAAUUUUUCACCUUGUGAUCAAAGUAAUUUAAUUAAUGACUUUAAAGUAAUCCCAUAUGCUUAUUUCCUAUUUCAUGACAUUGUUGAAACUUUAAAAUUUUAGUCAUUUUCAUUAUAGAAUUCAAGUGAUUAUCUUAGGAUAUGUUGUCUGUAUAAGAUGUCAUUUGAUAUUUUGAUUUUAAAGUAAUUUUUAUGAGUAUGUUUUAGAAGUUAAAGAAGAUUUAGCUUUUCUGCAGUCUUUCUCAUCUUUUGAGAGCCUGUGAUAUACCUCCUUUUGUCCACUAGAUGGUGUUUAGAGCAACUUUUAUCAGAAGAACUGAACAGAGGUUCAGAAAUACAAAGCUAGAAACAGUUUAGUGGACAACUAAGAUUCUUUGCUUUUACACUUAUUCUUUUUUACUCUUGUAAAUAACUUCUUGUUAUUUUAUGUUUUUUAUCUUGUUUUGUUAAUUUAUAUUUUCCUCAUGUUAAACAUCUUUAAGAAGCAGGCACAAUAACCUUUGGUUUGUUAGCUGUUUCAAUUUUAUUUCUUCAGUGGGUUUAUAUGCCUAGUUAACUUGAAAAUUUACUAUUUGUAACUUUAUUUUGUGUGCUACCCUCAUAUUUUAGUGAUUAACAUGAAAACACUUGAGUAAUCAUCCUACCCUUUGAACAGGAUAGAAAGUCUCUUUUGACAAAUAGAAAGAAUUUAGCUUAUCACAAGAAGUAAACCAUUUAUAGAAUUAAUCAAUGUCUAAAUCUCCAUAUUGUUCAAAGUAUUAACAAACUUUACAAUUAAAUUUGUAUAAUUAUAUUUUUCUAUAAAUGUAUCACUAUUUACAAAAGAUAAGGAACACUAUUUUUCAAAAUACCAUUUAAAUUUUCCUGACAUUGGUACUAAUAUCCUGAUACUGAGAACUUCCAGGUUAAGUUAUAUGCUUAAGUUUUUUCCAAUGAAUUCUCAGAACAGUUUUGCCAAUUUGUGCAUUGCUCUUGCUUUUAAAUUAUUUCUCACAUUUGUCUUGAGUCUGCCUUCUUAAUACACACAAGUGUUUGUCAUUGUGUCCCAGUGUUUGUUUUCAACACUCUAAGGGAGAAGGGUUGGACUCCUUUUAUACCACUCUCACAUAGAUUACACAGCCUUCCAAGAGGAAGAGAUGCAGACAAGAACGGAAUUUGUGUCUUUUAUGCCUGUUAUUUCAAAGCAGCUUAGCCCACUGAACUGUAUUCACUCAUUAGUAAAGGUAGCAUUAACGACAUCAAAGUGUUUAACUAUUAGGACUCUCAGGAAAAAAAGACAAAUUGAUGACUUUCGUUUUAUUGUGUGGUGAAGCUGGAGCUAUAACUUGAGCAUUUCACUCAACAAAAUCAUGCCAGAGUAACUGGUCGAGUUAGUUAAAUUGAAUGAAGAGCCAACUGAAUACAGAGAAAACUCAUCCAGAGAAGCAGACCCAGAACAGCAAAAAUUUACCUCAAAGACAGGCUUAUAAAAAACCAAGCUAAGUCUAAGAAGACCUAAAUGGAAAAAAAGUCAUCUUCAGAUCCAGUAGUGAUACAGAUUACAACUCAAGGAGUUGUCUACUUGCUUCAGGAAUUUGUCAAAAGUGAAUACUAAUAAAGUAGUAGAUUUCACUAAACAUAGGGGGUAGUUCAGUAAGAUUUCAGUUUAUCAGAAGGGUGUGUGUUGCUUGACCAUAAUAAGCAUGUGGGUAUACAGAUGCUAAUUACAUUACAACUUUCUAUUUUGCUGUAUUAUUAAAAACACAUUUUAGGGAUUAAAUAUUCUUCAGUGUAUUAAUGUAUUUAAAUUCAGAAUGUUUUAUGGCAUAUUUUAUAACUAUUUAUUUUUAAAAUAAGAUUUAGGAUUAAUUUUUUUGCCCAUUUUGUUUGUCCACUAUCUUACCUCAUCAAGGUAUUUAAGAUUUAAUUCAACAUACUCGUGUUAAAUGGAAUGACACUAGUUUUAUGCUAAACCCCACGUGGAUAUAAUGCUUUGAGGCCUUGGUUCCUAUUUGUUCAUGAUGUAUAACGAGCUUGUCACUUAUCUCAGCAAUAAAGGAUUUGACCCUAAAUCAGGGAAUUCUAAGGUGCAGUUGUUAAGAGCAUUUCUUCUUUGGCUGCAGCUCCAUACUUCAGUCCAUCUUGGUGGGUCUCAACCUCAGGGAGGAUCCAAACACACUCAUACACCAAGCAUGAGCCCCACCGAUGCCCACAGAACCUUCACAUUAGCGUUUUGCAGGGUAUAGGCUGAUACCAUGCUGGUAAUGAUGCUUUUGUUUGUUACAUGAAUCAAUGCCUAGCUUGAAAUAACUAGGUUUAUAAAAGCCCAUCUCUGUGGCAGCUUGUGAAAAGCUUGGUCUAAUGACUUUGGAUGAGAAAAGCAGAAACAAAAGUCAGAGAGCAGACAGUCCUUUGUUACGUUUGUCCCACAAAGUGAUCUCCUUAGUAAAUCAUGUGGGCCUGAGCACAAGAAGAAACAACACAAUUAACUUUUCUCAUAAAUAAAAGCUCUUCCAUCAUUAGUGAUAAGCCAAUAGGCAAUAAGAGAUUAAAUACACAGCACAUUUCCUUAAUAGAAAUGAAUCACAUCAAAAUAUGCCAGUGGAUGUAGAUGUUUGCUGAGACAUAGCUAUUAACUCCCCUAACUCCUAUUAACUCCAUGCUUCCCUUAUGACAUAGUAAAUUAAGUAAAUUAACCAUGUGUUCUCUAAGGGAUAUUCUGAAGUCCUUUCACACAAAAAUUUUCAACUUGGAAGCCAGAGACAAAUUCAAAUAAAUCUUAGAAAGUUUCUUGGAGCCAAUUUCUGUCACCUCUUCUCUUUCUAGGUAUUGUUAGAAAAAUUCAAGUCAGGACAAGAUGUGAAGGCAUGUUAAGGGGAAAGUUAGCGUGGAUUCCCACUUACUAAGAUUCAAAAUAAGGUCAGUCAGCAUCCUUUUUCUGGUAACCAGAUCUAACAAAUACAUUACACUUCCUCUGGUUAAUCAUUUAAAGAACAUUUGGGCAUGUAUAUUUAGACUCAUACAAACUUACAGUUAACCAAUUGUCAUUUAAUAUUUACUGAGCCAUAUGCACUGGCACUGCCAUGUCCUGGAUCACAAGCUCACUAAAAAAGACUAAGUACACAACUGGAAAGUAUUUAUUUCACUGUAGGAAAAAAGAAAAAGACUUGACCUAUAUUUAUUGAACAGAACUGUUCUUUUUCUAGAAAGAGUUUUUAAAUAAUUUAUGUCUAUUUCCUGUUUGUAAACAGCAAGAUUAUUAGUUGGCUAGUGUUUUUUUUUUUUUUUUUUACUAUUGCUUUUUCACAUCUUUUGCCAGGGCUCCCAGAAAAUUCUUAAAAGCAACUUUCUUGAUAUAUAGGUGAUAUUAUGCAUUUCUAGUGUUCUUCCCCCUGUAUGGGUCUCUUUUUAAACUCAAGAGAUAUUAAACAUCAGAGAGGAUUUAACAGCCAAAAAAUUAAAUAAUACAGUCAAAGGUGAUCCUCUAAAGUGGGGAUUUACAUUAAUCGUAUUUCAGGUUGCAAAUAAAUCAGAUUUUACUAACUUUUGAUGUUUAAGAACAUCAAUAUCCCUUUAGUCAGCUUGAAAUGCUAUCCAUAAAUAAUCAAAUCAAUCUUAACUGAUGCAACUUCUCAUUCAUAGCUUCUGCUAGACAAAGUCAAUUAUCCCAAACUCUGCAGGGGAAUGCAUGUGCUCAGUCACACUGGGAAGUGAUUUCCAUAGUUCUUAACCAACCUGUCAGAUAUUAGGGAUGAAAAUCACAUCAUGAUGCCAUAGAAGCACUGACUAGAAAUAAAUCACUUGCCCUUAAGUAACACGCCCGCUUCUAACCACCUGUAAUUAUUCCACACUCUUCUCCCAGAAUGUGCUUCAGGUGACAUUUCAUCCAACUUUGAGAAAUAUCUCAGAGGUUUUUAAGAUUUCUGUUUUGCUAGAGAAGGAGAUUUGUUCUAAUUCAAUACUUAUCAGCUCUCUUUCAAGGAGAAGAUUUGCGGGAUACAUUUCUUUGCAAUUUCACAGUCAAGUAUUUACUUACUGCUUCUAUAAACAAUUUUGCCGAACUGGAUUUAUAACAGAGUGUUCCCGCCAUUUGGAAUGUGCUGGUUUUGCACAAUCUCUCUGUAAGUGGUUGUUUCCAGGAUUUCUGUAUUUGUGGAGCUUGUGGUACAGCCUUUUGUAUAUCAAGUUUGUGAAACAGUUGAAUGAACUUUCUUUGAAAUUUUAUUUUUUUUAAUUUUCUUAUGACUAUGAUAUUAUAGAACUGAGACACAUGUAUUGGGUUAUCUAAUUUUUCUUUUUUUGUAUUUGAUUCUGUCACUCCAGUUAAAAUAAAACCACCUUGGGUGAAAAGACA